ACGGCUAUAUGGCUCUGUGGAGAAGGAGAUAGUGCUCCCAUCUAGCGUUCUUCGUAGGAAUGACAUAGAAUCCAGAAACAAACAUUUGUGUAGGUAAGCCUCGGGGCAUGUUGGGAAUUGAAGUCGUGGAAAGAGAGAAAGUUUACUUCCUCGUUGUAGUUGACAGGAAGAAAGAAGAGUCACGUCACGCCAGUAAAAAGUUUCUUCCUUGCUUUGAUUUGGCAUCAUAUGAAAAUAUAUUCGUCAGAUAAAGAUGUCCCUGCAUGAUUUGUCCAAAUCAGGAUCGAGGCCCAUCACAGCAGUGGCCUGGGCCUCCAACAGCAGCAACUGCCCUGGGCCCUUCCACACGAUCACCAUGACGGAGGAUGGGGCCAGCGGCUGCUUCAACAAAGGCUUCGGCAGGUCAGGGUACUUCCUGUGCUACAGCAAGGACCAGACUGGUGGCAUGGUUGUGUCCGACAUCCGGGUGAUUACCGACAGAGAGGCCAUUCCUCACGGAUACUGUUACAUCCCAGAGUUCAUGGAACCAAGGGCCUCAGUGUUGAAGAAAAAGCGUGUGUGUGCGCAGAUGGUUCCGGUGGACAGCGUCACCACUGCAGUGCUGGACAUCCGGUUGACGGCAAAGAGCAAAGGGAUGGUGCAGCAUUACACCUGCCUUGGGGACGUGCACGGCUUCGUGGUGUGGUGCAGGAAGGGUGCGUUCUCGGGGCCCACCCCCCAGGCCAAGCCACGCAGCGUCAGUCUGGACCUGCGGAAGCUCUCCCUGGAGGGGACCGCCCCUCCACAGCCACUACGGCCCUGCAACCCCCCUGCAGCGCCACCACGCCUCAGCGGCCGGCGCAGCAAGCUGGAGGAGAACAGUGUCGGAGAAAGUGACAGCAGCAACAACAUCUACGGCAUCACAGCCAUCGAUGGAGUUCCUUUUGCUCUGCAUCCAAGAUUUGAGGCCCAGUCCAACGGCAAGGUGCCGACGAACUCCUUAAAUAACAUGCGUAUCAAGUCUAUCCAAGACAUUGAGAAUGAGUACAACUACACAUUCUCUGUGGAGGAGCAGGCUGCCAAGCGCCUCACCCCCUCAGCUGCGGCCUCCUCAUAGAGACGCUUCCGUCGCUGCCGCCACCCCCCCCCCCCUUGAGGAUCCGUCCUCACGCCUUCACCUGCCAAUGGCCCAAUGGCUUCAUAUCUCUCUGUCUUUCUUUCUCUCUCUCUCUCUCAUUCAUUCACUCACUCACACACACACACACACACACACACACUCACACACUAUCUCAACUGCAUGUCAAACAGACACAGGUGACCCAUAUAUUUUACGUUAACACUUAUCCAUUGUUUCUGACUAAACAUUGUUUACAGUUAUCUGUGUAUGGGCAAGUUGAGGACUGACUGAACCCUGUCUCUGACUGAAUCUAGAGCCAUCUACACAGUUAACAAUCCCAAGCAGCUACAUUUUUUCAUGUCCUAGUAGCUGCUAAGCCUGCAACAGAUAAUCAUGCUGUCUUACUCUUACCCUACUGACACUGUUAAGAAUAAAUUGUGUGUGUGUGUGUGUGCGUGUGUGUGUGCGCGCACCUAUGUGUGUGUGCGCCUGUGUGUGUGUGUGUGUGUGUGUGUGUGUGUGUGUGCGCGCACCUCUGUGUGUGUGUGUGUGUGUGUGUGUGUGUGUGUGUGUGUGUUUGUGUGUAAGUAGAGGCUUGCCCAUUUCUCUGGUCUGGUAAAGCUUGCUGUGACUAUGAUGUUUAUCUGAACUGAUUGGCUGGAAAGGAGAGAAGUAGCAGAUUAUGUGGCACAUUUGAGGUGGUAAUUGAUGCGUGUCACACUCUGUCCAGACACAUUUAGAGUAAAUAGAAGUUCCUGUUCUAUUUUAAUAUAGUACCAACAGAGUAAUGGAGUGGAAAUAUCCCAUUUGUGCCACAUUCUAGAAUUGUCUAGAAUUCCAGAGUCCAGUCUUGAUUCAGUGACAGUCUUAAAGCUGGUAGAGAGAUUCGGUCUCCCUAUCACUGACUUUCCAUCAAAAUUCUUGAAAUGGUUUUAGACCCCCUUUAAAGGGCUAUUGAGUUUGCAUGUUGUUUAGAGAUAAACAAAGGUGAAUCUGCGCAGUGCCGUUGGCUAUCAUUAAAUUGGCAAUGCAUAGGCUCCAAAAUAUAAUAAUUUGCAUAUAGCGAAAUGUGCAUCUUGACCACAUUUUAGUCUAAUUUGUCUGAUUGUGAGUCAUAUGGCUGGCUUCAUCCUGCACACAUACGAGCUACAUUGAAAGCUGUCUGUUGUGUGUUGCCGGCUGUUUUUAUUUUCCUUAGAUGAUGCACUUUUUCCUCUUUAAAUGAUGUGACCGCUGUCGCCUUACCUAGCCAGCUUGGCCUACAUGACUUUGCUGCUGGUACCAGCACACAGAGUUUGAAUUACUUUGUUUCUCCUCAUCAUUUAAUCGUUUGUGCAAAAUAUUGCAAUUGUCAGUGGUGAUGGGAUGUAUAACUGACAUGAAACUGUUUUUGUUUUUUUACACUCUUGAAAUGAAUCUUAAUUAUAUUGUGUCAUGUUUGUAUGGACCAUGUAAUUCUCUGCUUAUUAUAUUUAAAUGUUGUUGUUGUUGUUUUUUAUGUCUGGGACCAAAAAUUUGAAACGGGACAUUGUCUUUAUUAUAUAUUACUAUAUUUUAGUGAAGGAUGUAUGUAAACUACAGGAAUGUGCUGAUCAUCUUGAAUUACUUUUUUCUAUAUCCCCGCUUUCUUUCUGUUUUAACUUUUUUUUCUAAAUAAAGACCUUUAAAGAAAAAGCAA